AUGAAUAAAUAUUUAUGUAUUAUUAAACGAUUUACUUCUAGUAAACCUUCACAAAGUCCGCCAAAAAUAAAAUCUAAAGAACCACUCUUGGCACAUGAAACAAAAUAUGGAAAUAUAACUAAAAAAUGGAAUUAUAGAUCAGAAAUUGUUAAACAUAAAAAAUUGGAUCAUAAACACUAUUUUAUUUGGUUAGGUUUUGGGGCAUUUUCUUUAAUAGGUGGCUUGUUUUUUAUUACAAUAAAAUCAGCUGUUCUUAAAAACAGGAAAGAAGAAAUGCAAAUGAGAGAAAAUCUUCGUAAAGAGUUAGAAUUAACAGGCCAGGAGAGGAAACAAAUUGGUGUAAUGGAUUCUAUCACUAAAGAUUAA